CAAAAUUUGACAGUCCGCUGCUCUGUUCAGCAUUUAACGCACUAAUUUUAGAUUGAUUCUUUAUUAUUUUAAAUCAAAAUAAUAAAAAAAUAAAUCUUAGAAAUGAAUAAACAAAAAUCCAAACAACAUGAAUCGCGUGCAGAAACCAACGACACUACGCCGAAAAAGCCAAAAAUUCAACAUAAAAUUGGAGAUCAAACUGUUGAAGAAUAUGCGAAGUCUGGACUGGGUAAAAUAAUAAAUGCCACCAAAAUCAUUAAUGCCUUUCCUUCGGGCACAUCAAGAGAUUUAUACUGUGCUUACCCGACCUUUGGAAAAAUUGUCGAUUCACAAUCCUAUCGCAUCAUGGGUCUUAUAUCGAAAGUUUUGAAAUUUCAAAAUAUCAAAGGAAAUAUACAAAGACGUCAACAAGAUGAACAAUUUGAAAUGUUGCUCGAAUGCAAUGAUGCCAUGCUGGAAAGAAUCAAUUCUAAUUUAGACGAAUUAGCUGGCAUCAAAAAGAAUCCACAGACGGUGGUUAUUGAGUCUCGUUUAGAUGGAACAGCCACAGGCAAAGGAGCUGGAAGUUGGAAUACAAAAAAUAGAAAUGAAACAGGAUCCAUAAAGGCUAGGUUGAUAACUGCAAAGAACAUAGCUCGACCACAGAUAAAGUUCAAGAUGACAGUUGACAACAGCUCCAAAACACCAUUCGUACCACAAAUCAAAGACAAACCCAAUUCACUCAAGCCUCUAGCAGUUCUGCCUGAAUAUGAUGAAGAUGGCAACAUUGAGAGCUACCUCCAUCCGUAUGAAUUUGAAUUGAUGAAAUUUGAACCUCCAACUGCGCAGCUAAAAAAGAAAUCACCAGUUACACCAAUGCCACUCGAAAAGACAGAACUUGUUUAUGUUGACACUGUUAAUAAAUUAAAGUCAACACUCGAAGACCUGAAGAAAUUCAAAGAAAUCGGCAUUGAUGUGGAACAUCACUCCUAUAGAACCUUCCAAGGUAUUACUUGCUUAAUGCAAAUAUCCACACGUGAGAAGGACUACAUAUUGGAUGCUCUAGAGUUGCGCGAUGAGCUGCAUAUUUUGAAUGAAGUCUUUACAAAUCCUAAGAUCGUGAAAAUCUUCCAUGGAGCUGAUUCGGAUAUAGAAUGGCUGCAGCGUGAUCUUUCCCUUUACGUUGUUAAUAUGUUCGAUACUCAUCAAGCUGCCAAAAGUCUCAACUUGGCUCGGCUUUCGUUGGCCUACUUGUUGAAGCAUUACUGUGACAUAGAAGCUGAUAAGACGUUUCAGCUAGCGGACUGGCGUAUUCGUCCAUUGCCUGAAGAGUUAGUAACUUAUGCUCGUCAAGAUACCCACAACUUGAUUUAUAUCUACGAGCGACUGACAAAUGACCUCCUAGAACAGGCAAAUAAUCAAACGAACGUUUUACGUUCGGUCUAUCAACGUAGUACGGAACUAUGCAAGAAGCGCUAUAAAAAACCAAAAAUCAGUGAUGACUCGCAUAUGGAAAUUUUCCAGAAGUCAAAGCGAGUAUUUGACAAUAGGCAAUUGUUUGCCUUGAAAGAGAUUUUCCGUUGGCGUGACGCGAUUGCUCGUCAAGAGGACGAAAGCUAUGGCUAUGUCCUGCCCAAUCACAUGAUGAUGCAAAUAUCGGAGAGUUUGCCAAGAGAGAUGCAAGGUAUUUUGGCUUGUUGCAAUCCCAUUCCACCGCUUGUGCGUCAAAAUUUACAUGCUCUUCAUCAAAUAAUACACAAGGCUCGUGAACAACCUUUAGUUAAGCCAAUUCUAGAGGCCAAUAGUGUUCAUAGGUCAGUUGUGUCCAAUGUAAAGGACUACAACAGUAAGUUAUACUGUCCUCAUGACCUUUCUCACUUAGAAGAAUUCCGAGAUGACCUUCCUACUCUCUUAAAGUCUUCUGACGACCAAAAUGAAUACACAAAUGAAUCUGGCAACAGCAGCUUGUGCAAACCAGCAUUGAGUGUGUUUGACACUCCCGAAAACUCAGAAGAUGAGGAAGUUAAAGAAAAAUUAAAAAAGUUACAACAAAUGCAGUUCAUCAGUCCAUAUGCCCGCUACGUUGCUGUCCUGCCAUUGGUUGAGAUAGAAAAGCGAGAAGAACUAGCAAGGAUAGAAGCUGAAAAUGCUAAGAAAGUACUUUGUCCCGUUAAAACUGAACUGCCCGUAAAAAAGGAGCCAAUAGUUAAAAAUGAAGUUGACAACAUGUACAACGUGCCUCUUAAGCAAAAUCUUAAACGAAAGAAUCCAGAAAGCUUAAAUCCCCAAAACCAAAGCCAAUCGCCACAAGAAAAAAGAUUUAAAAGAGAACAUCCAAAACCUCUGGCUGAUGGCGAACAUUUGAAAUUUGUAGACCUUACAAAAAAUACAUUCAGAGCUUCAAAACCUACUACUCAACCGGAGAUAGUAGAAGAUAGCGAGCCAUCGGAACCAUCAUCCACAUCGAAACCACCAACAACAGCAACACCAGACGGGAAAAAUGGCAAGUUCAAGAAGAAUAAGAAAAAAUUCAAGGGCAAUAAGGUUGCCCAAUCUUCGGAUAAACCUGUGGCUUUUGAUUAUAAGAAUGUAGACUUUAAAAAGUUCCAAGGAGGCGCACAGAAGGCGAAGGGCACCGAAUUGAAACCCAAGUUUCAUGGGAAGGGUGGCAAAAACAAUAAGGCUAAUAAUAAGAAAUUCAACAAACUAUUUACAUUUAGUAAUGUAAAAAAUAAAAAAUAGACCCAUUGGAACUUUUGUAAUGUUGAUAUUGUUUUUUUUUUUUAAACUGAAAUAUAAAUUCCUUUGACAAAGGAAACUGCAA